AGAGGAUCCAGCAGGCCGUUGACAAGAAGGCCUGUAACUGUCUGCUGCUCAAAGUCAACCAGAUCGGCUCUGUGACCGAGUCCAUCCAGGCGUGUAAGCUGGCUCAGAGCAGUGGUUGGGGUGUGAUGGUGAGUCAUCGCUCCGGAGAGACAGAAGACACCUUCAUCUCUGACCUGGUGGUCGGACUCUGCACCGGACAGAUUAAGACUGGCGCCCCCUGCAGGUCGGAGCGUCUGGCCAAGUACAACCAGCUGAUGAGGAUCGAGGAGGAGCUCGGGGACAAGGCCAAGUUCGCCGGUAAAGAUUACCGUCACCCAAAGAUCAACUAAAGCUCCGUCCUGACUUCCUGUCUGUGUCGUCAUGACGACUCAUUGUUGACCUUUGAAGCCCCUCCUGUCCCCUUUCUGCAGGGGGGGUUAGAGGUCAAAGGUCACAGUGGGUUAGCCCCGCCUUCCUGACUGUAAUUCCAUUAAAGAUGUUUUCUAAAAAAAAACAGAAUAAAGAACAAAACAUGAAACUCAAAA